AAUAUUUCUUAAUUUUACACCAUAUUAUUUCUUUGUUUACAUUUUUCAGAAUCCUAAAGAUUUCCCUUUAUGACUGUUUAUUCCUGUGUUUUCAAAGUGUCAUUAAAUAAUGAGUUUGUCUUUUUUAGCUGUUUAGGAAUAUUAUGAUUUUUUCUUUAAAUGAAGCAGAGUCAGCUUAAUAUAUUUGUCGUGACAUUAGACAAAGUCAUUAUCAUUAUUACACAAACCGAGACAGAGAUGUUCAUGAAAUCCCACUCUGAUUUCCUCAUGAUUUCAUCAGAGCAGUGUUUGCUGCUCUGCUCAAACAGACCGAGAGAGAACCAGAGAAAGGAAAAAAAGACUUACAAGGGAAUGUAAUGCUUUUUAUCGAACUCUCUGCCUCGGCUGUUUGCAGAGCUCUCCAUUCGCUCUCUGUCUCUGCAUCAUGAAUAUGCAUCUGCCAUAAUAAUUCAAGAGAGAGAAACUGUCCUUUCAUAUCACCUAUACUGCACUUUUUUCCUCCUUCUUCAUUAUAUGCGUUUCAUUGAAUAUACCUAGCAUAUUGAGAUCUUUAUUUGACUGCCUCUGACUAUGUAUUUCUUAAUCAGCCCAUAACCUUCCCAUCCUGUUAUAAAAAAAAUGACAGUAAUAUUCAUAGUUGAUUUAAGGGGUUAACACAGUGUCAAUUAAAACCCUUGUCCUUAUAAAAAAAAACCUUUUUUAAAAUGUCAAAAACAAUAAAUACAAGACCUGGAUAUUAUUCAUCCCCAUGGUAUCCCCAAAAGGGGAGGGUGUUUUUCCACAACCACAGAAAAGGGAUCAGAGAACAAUAUCAUCUACGUUUGGCCUCAGCUUUAUUGGCUAGUGGAAAUAAGCUCAAAGAAACAAACCUCACUGAUUGGCUGCAGAGAAAUAUAUGCACUUUCUGAUUGGAGAAGAGCUACGAGAGGGUCUUUUAUAGCUGAUGGUGGCUUGGUCUACUGGUGAGGGGGAAUAAACCCUGUGAUUGGGCACGCUACCAGAGACAUGCAGCUGUUUCACAGAAAGAGAGCGAGACAGUGAAGAGAAGGGGAGGUCUCAAUCCCUCCCAAUGUUGAGGAGUAGAGUUGUGUGUAAGGUGCUCUGGGUGUAAAGAUAUGUGAGGGGAAGCGUUUUCAUCUGUGUGUCGCGUCCAAUGCACAUUUCGCCUUUACGUUCCUCCAGAUUAAGCAGCAAUAAACGUAUUUUUGGGAUUCUUUGAAUGAUUUCCAUCAGAGGCCAGUCCUGCAGCAGCUCUGAAACUUCGGCCGGAAGUACCUGUCAGGCCUCGAAAUAGUUGACAUUUGCGACGAGAACGUCCAUUUAAUGGAUUUAAGAAAUAUUUCAGCUGAUACAAAUCUGUCUAUCUCUUUAAAUUUGAAUUGCGUAAAUGGACAGCCAUUUCUCUAAGGAACCAUUAACAUGAAAGGUGGUCAGGAGUGAUCGUGUAACUUCCUUUUGUGUCCUGGUUGCUGGUUGAUCAGAUUUGCAAGGGUUUAGGGUUUAGGGUUUGUUUUAAAAGGUCUGAAUGGAUGUGAUGACUGCAUGUUGGAGAGGGCAGGAGGAGCAGGCGGCCAAAGCGAAGGCUGAGAAAAUCCGUGUGGCACUAGAGAAAAUUAAAGAAGCCCAGGUGAAAAAGCUGGUGAUACGUGUACACAUGUCAGAUGAGAGUUCAAAGACCAUGAUGGUGGAUGAGAGGCAGAUGGUCAGGCAGGUGCUGGACAGUCUGCUGGAUAAAUCUCACUGCGGUUACAGUCCAGACUGGGCUCUGGUUGAAACCAUCCCUGAGCUACAGAUGGAGAGAAUUUUUGAAGACCAUGAGAACCUGGUGGAGAACUUGCUCAACUGGACCAGAGACAGCCAAAACAAACUCAUGUUCAUUGAACGGAUUGAAAAGUAUGCACUUUUCAAAAAUCCACAGAACUAUUUACUUGGGAGGAAGGAGUCCUCUGAGAUGGCAGACAGAAACAAGGAGGCAUUGCUGGAGGAAUGUUUUUGUGGAAGCUCAGUGUCUGUUCCUGAAAUCGAGGGAGUGUUGUGGUUGAAGGAGGAUGGCAAAAAGUCUUGGAAGAAGCGCUACUUUCUUCUGAGGGCAUCUGGCAUCUAUUUUGUGCCAAAGGGCAAAGCCAAGGCUUCAAGGGAUUUGGUGUGCUUCCUGCAGUUGGACCAUGUUAAUGUUUAUUAUGGUCAGGAAUACCGGAGCAAGUUCAAGGCCCCCACCGACUACUGCCUGGUCCUCAAGCACCCUCAGAUCCAGAAGAAGUCACAGUAUAUCAAAUACUUAUGCUGUGAUGAUGUCAGAACUCUACACCAAUGGGUCAAUGGCAUUCGUAUUGCUAAGUAUGGGAAGCAAUUGUAUGUGAACUAUCAGGAAGCCAUGAAGCGCACUGAGGCUGCCUAUGACUGGUCUUCUCUCUCCAGCACCAGCAUCAAGUCAGAAACAAGCUCAGUCAGUACACCUGAGUCACAGUCACACUCCAGCCAGGCAGACAGUGGUAUGUCAGAUGGUACUUCAUCCUCCCAUGCCCGCUCCCAGAGUGUAGUCAGUUCAAUCUUCUCUGAGGCAUGGAAGAGAGGGACUCAAAUAGAGGAGAGCACAAGGACAAGGCCAGAAUCAAUCCGUUCUACCCAUUCAAGCCAUAGCAGCCAUUCUUCUCAUCGUGUGCCUCAACAGCAGCUUUCACACCCACAGCAACAGUCACAUCCAUAUUCAGUUCCACUGUCACAUGGAAGUGUCAAUCAGGCACCGACACAGGCACAAGUACCACCCCAGGCAACUCCAGCCCCACAACCACCUACUCCACCACCCCCUCCACCCCCUCCUCCAAUUUCCAAUAUCCCCCACCAUGCCACACCUACAGUGUUCGCCAAAUACAGCACAAUCACUCGGCUUCAGAAUGCCACUCAGGCCACAAUUCACCACAAGCCUCAGACUGUAGUACAGCAGCAAGUGCCACCUGUCCCACUGGCCUCCAAACCACAAUCAAACAAUGUUCCACCAGGGGCUAAUAUCCCACCCCCUCCUCCUCCACCUCCACCUGCCCCAAUGCCUCCACCUGGAUCAGCUAUGGCUGUUUUGAAACUUGGUCCUCCAGCCCCAGCAACAGUUCUUCAGUCCUACCCUCCUCCUUCCCCCUCAUCUCCACCACCUCCUUCUCCCAUAAUGCCCAUGCAGACACAGCCUCUACCACUUUCACCUCCCAUUAUGCCAAUGCAAACACAGCCUUUACCACCUCCUCCUCCCAUAAUGUCCUUGCAGUCACAGCCUUUACCACCUCCUCCUUCCAUAAUGUCCUUGCAGUCACAGCCUUUACCACCUCCUCCUUCCAUAAUGCCUGUGCAGUCACAGCCUUUACCACCUCCUCCUCCCAUAAUGCCUGUGCAGUCACAGCCUUUACCACCUCCUCCGUCCAUAAUGCCUGUGCAGUCACAGCCUUUACCAUCUCCUCAACCCUUAGUGCCAAUCCAGUCACAACCCCUGCCACCUCCUCAACCCAUAGUGCCAAUCCAGUCACAGCCAUUCCCACCUCCUCCACCCCCUCUGCAGGCUAAUGGCCUUUCCCCUCCUCCGCCUCCCUUUACAGUACAGGCAACUUUCAUAUCCAAUGGACACAAUCAGGUCCUUGCCCACAAAUUUCCCAGUGUACCCCAGGAUGUAAUACCACCAGCCAAUCAGAUCCAUUAUCCUCCACCUCCACCACCGCCACCAUCAGCACCUACACUCCCUCCUCAACAGCAUGCAGCUCCAAAUCCACCACCACCGCCUCCUCCUCCACCACCUCCAUCAGCUACUAUGCAGCUGCCGAUUCAUCCUGCAGUUAUGCCCAAAACUUUCACUGGUGGAUUUCCACCCCUGACAGCACCAAAACCUUCGUAUGGCAUUCUUCCAGCAUCCCCAGUGGCUCCAUCACCUCAAACUCCAGUACCACCACCUCCCCCACCACCACCUCCUCCUCUACCUAAUGCACCACUGAAGAACCAACCCCCACCUACACUACCCAAGCAACACAGCAUCUCCAAGACACGCCAAACCUCUUCAGUGCCAUCUCUGGUUAAGCAGCUUGCUAGCCAGUUUCCUGUUGCAUCUCCUGCAACGACCAAUCAAACUGAGUCUCAAAGUCACAAAGCUCCCCAGUCCCCACCUGCAGUGAAGGCUAAACCAAAAUGGCAGGCUGUAGGUCAAGGCCAGCAGCAACAGAGGUCACCUGAAUUUCCACUGCCGCCUCCAGAGAGUACCCUUGUCUUUCCUUCACCUGCAACUCCGACACCACCACCUCCUCCUCCUCUUCCUAUGUCAGGCUCCCCUAUCAGGAAAUCCCCCUCUGGCUCAUCUGCAGGGGUCAAGAAACCUCCACUGCCUCCUCCAGAGAGUACCCUUGCUUUUCCUUCACCCCCAACUCCGCCACCACCACCUCCUCCUCCUCCUCCUCCUCCUCUUCCUAUGUCAGGCUCCCCUAUCAGGAAAUCCCCCUCUGGCUCAUCUGCAGGGGUCAAGAAACCUCCACCGACUCCUCAACGCAACAUCAGUGCAAAGUACAAUGCCUCUGUGGACAACCAGGAGUCCUGCAGGAACUUGGUGAGCAAGUUUAACCCCAGUUCUGCUUCAUCUACAACAACCUCUAAUAGCUCAACCUCCAAGGAUCUUUCCACAAGUCCCCGUGCACCCCCUAAACCAGGGAAGCUCAAUCUGGCAAAUCUUCCUUUGGUUUUGCAGAAUAAAUUAAAUCAGAACCACCAAUCGACUGCAGACUUCCCAUCCCCUCCACCCCCAGAAAAUUACAUCUUCCCCCCUCCCCCACAGGAGUCUGACCUUCCUCCACCACCACCCCUUCCAGGUGAUCCAAAUGGUUUGUCUCCAAAGGUGGCUGUGGUCAAUCCUCAGCCCCAGUCUACUUGGGGCAAGAGUUCCAUGAAGAAGACACAACCUCAAGCAUCAGUUCACUGUAACAAUACUUUUAGGGAGUCUCCAUCCCUCUCACCACCUUCCAUACAAGGGGGCCCUGUUCCUCCUUCUUCCAAAGGCACCACACAGCCAAACUUCUUGGAGGACCUUAAUAAGACACUGAAACGGAAGUCCUUACGAGUCUCUGGAGACAAAGUGGACCCUCUGACCACAAUGGAUGACAUGGCUUUGCCACCACCUCCACCUGAACUUCUGCAUGAUCAAUUGAGACACAGUGGUAGUGGCUAUAUGUCCGGGAAUAUCUCAGGCUAUGCAACGCUACGGCGAGGGCCGCCUCCUGCCCCUCCCAAGCGGGACCACAGCACCAAACUAACAAACUAGAAAACUGCAACUUUUCCUGGACUCUCUUGCUUGCUAUUUUCAUGUCUGUGUCAUGGAGUUGUAGAGGAGAAAGCCAUACCUUUGUUGAUAUCCUCUGCUUCCUCUGUACAAAACAGCUCAAGAAAUUUCAGCUUUACUGUGACUUUUUAACAGUGCAUCAGUUCCAGUUCCAUACAACUGUGGAGUGAUUCCACUUCAACACCUUGGUACUGCAUGGAAGAAAAAAAUACAUUAGUCUAUAAAUCUUAUAGUUUUUUUGGGAAGUCAAACAUUUUGAACUUUGGGGUUGGGUGGGAUUUUCAAUUUUAAUUUUAUAUUGUUUAUAUAUUAUCGAUUAUUUAAUAAUCUGAAUAUAUUUUGUUAUUUCAGACUGAAGUUUUUUAAAUGGUUGGAUGGUUAUUGCGGUUUGAGGAGUUUUAGAUGGGUAAGUUGAUUUAGACAGUGUGUUCGGUUGGUAUAUUAGUUUGGCACAACUUUAGCCAUUUAUGUGGCAGAUCCAGUGCUCAAUGGAGGGAUCUAGAAUGUAUCCUGAUCACUAUUGUUCUUUGAGUCGCUUUAAAUGCGUUUUAGUUGUUAUUGUCAAAACUAUAACAUGAAGGACUUGUUGUUCAGGGAGUUGACUCAUUGUCUAGCUCUGUGAGACUGGAAUGUUUGCUUUUUUAUUAGAACUGUUUAAAUUGUAGAUAUUCUCAUUUUCUGCAGUAUCUUUGUUUAGGUAAGACAAAUGACUGCCUUGCUGUUCCAUGUUGGUCCUUGCUUCCUCUGGUGAACAUCCAUGCUGACUUACAAAUUGUUCACCUAUGGAGAGAUAGGCUUCUAAGCCAUGUGACUGAGUGACACAACCAUGUGACUGAGUGACACAAACCUUAUUCACAUAGAUUUAUCGUAUAACCUGUAUUACAACCUGUAUUAUUGGCUCAUGAUUACAGCCAUGCCUUAAGAUUCUAUAACAUGCGUGUACAAUAACCGAUAAAAAAUAUUAUCAUCUUUCAAAAAGAGGCCAUUAGGAAGUAAAAUUUCCCUGUAGGUUUUACUUGUUAAAGGGUUCUGACAUAUUUUUCAACUUCAUAAUCUUACAGUGAGCACCUAUAAUGGCUCUGUAAGAGCUACUUUGCAUUAGUAAAAACAAGAAUGCAUAUUAUCUCUUAUCCACAUUUGAUUUUGAAGAAUUUGUUUAUUGAAUGUAUUUACAUUAUCAUGAAACAUUUCAGGCUGUUGAGAAGUGACUAACAGAAGUUAUUAUUUAAAUUAUUAAAGUUUCCGGUCAUGAUCCAUCAAAGGUCUAUGAACAUCAUGCUUUGCAUAUCUCUCUGCAAAAUGUGUAAUUUAAAAUUAAAUCAUACAUGUUAAUGUCA